AUGUGUGGAAUUUGUUGUGUGGUUAGCUUGUCCCCUACCCAGAUUAUUCUUGAGAAGGAUAUUGAUGAAAAAUUAAGGAGACGAGGCCCAAACUCAAAUUGUGAGGUUACUAAAACCUCAACAAAUCCAAACUUUAAUUGUUUGUUCUCUGCUCAUGUUCUUCACAUGAGGGGUAGACUCACACCUCAGCCUGCACAAGACGGUAAAGGGAAUAUUCUACUAUGGAAUGGGGAAGUUUUUGGAGGACUUCCAGUGAAACCACAAGAAAAUGAUACAGAUGUUUUAUGUCAUCAUCUUUCAACUUGCAACAGUGCCAAUGAAAUUCUGUCUGUUAUAUGCAAUGUUCAAGGACCAUGGGCUUUUGUAUAUUACCAACAAGCUGGAGACUAUCUUUGGUUUGGGAGAGACUUCUUUGGCAGACGAAGCUUGCUUUGGCAAUUUGAUGCAGCCAAAAGCCACUUUACCUUAACAUCUGUUGGCUCUUAUCCUACUAAUUUUGAGAGGCCACAAUGGCAGGAAGUUCCAGCUGCUGGUUUGUAUAGGAUUGAUGUGAAGGCAUUUGCUGAGUCUGGCUCAUUGAUUUUUGAGGUUUAUCCAUGGGUUCCCCAAGGAAUGCAUCUAUUGUCUGCUAGUCAAGAACUUAAGGAGGGGUUUCCUAGCCAUACUGCUGUAGUGAUAAGCCAAUCAGGUCACAUGAUCAAAUCACCAGUAGUUCCACUUAAUGUGUCAAUACCUCAGUGCUCGGAUGUAGUGGAAUCUAGUUCCUUUUCCCAGGCAUCUGUUAAGGAUUUGGAAGUGAUGUUAGCCUGUGAAGGGAAGAGGUUGCAUGUGAACAGUCUUAUUGAUGUGCUAAGUGAAGCAGUCCGAAAAAGGGUGCAGUGUCUGCCCUCUGAACAUCAAUUGAGUGCAUCACCCGAUAGUGACCAAGCAGCAAUUGCUGUCCUUUUUUCUGGGGGGAUUGAUUCAAUGAUUCUGGCAACCCUGGCUCACCGCCAUAUUCCAGCUCAACAACCAAUUGAUCUCCUUAAUGUAGCAUUCAAAAUGCAGAAGCCAAACAUGUUGGAAUCUACCAAGAAAACCAAUACACAUCAUUUGAAGCCUAGAGAUGGAACUGCUUCCUGUACCCAAGAUGAAUUUGAUGUCCCAGACAGGAUCACUGGAAGAUUAGGCCUAAUAGAGCUUCAGGAACUUGCCCCAGAUAGAAAAUGGAAUUUUGUUGAAAUCAACGUAACUCAAGAGGAGCUGAAAAAAACCCGUCAGGAGCGCAUUUGUCAUUUGGUGCACCCACUUGAUACAGUCCUUGAUGACAGUAUUGGAUGUGCAGUGUGGUUUGCAGCCAGAGGAACAGGCUUGAUAACCGAAGGCAUCGAUGAGAGGUGUUUUACGUCAUCUGCAAAGGUUGUUUUGACGGGUAUUGGAGCAGAUGAGCAGCUCGCUGGUUACUCCAGACACAGAGCGUGUUUUAAGAAUAAUGGCCAUGCAGGUCUUAUUCAGGAGCUUGCUAUGGACCUGGACAGAAUUUCGUCGAGGAAUCUGGGACGUGAUGACAGAAUCAUAGGUGACCAUGGGAAAGAGGCUCGGUUUCCCUACUUGGAUGAGGAUGUGGUGAGUUACUUGAAUGCCUUGCCUGUAUGGGAGAAGGCUGAUUUGUCCAAGCCUCGAGGUUUAGGAGAAAAAUUGCUACUGAGAUUGACUGGCAAAGUGCUGGGCCUUGGGGACUCUGCAGUACUGCCAAAGAGAGCCAUGCAGUUUGGGUCCCGCAUCGCAAAGAUGGAGAACAAGCAUGAGAAAGCUUCAGAUAAGUGCAAGAGACUCCAGACAUCAUAAAUCUGGAACUUGGAAAUCUCAUCCCGGACCAGGUUUCCAUAAACUGGCAACAUCCAGAUGCCCACAUAUAUUGUCCCAAUACCUGCAUUGCAAAUAUUCUAGUAAUCUGAUCAGUAGAAUACUCCGUUUCAGAUCACAAAUGUUUGUUUUAUUAGGAUAAUACCAUUACAUCUUUUUUUAAAGCAAUAAAUGCUAUGUUUGCAUGCUA